UGGAAACUUUGAUGUCGUUGCUUUUCACAUGGGUAGAAAGAAUUGGAAACAAGUUGAAAUUGGCACUUGUACUCCUUUCCAAGGGAGGGCCGUGAUUAUAGGUGAGACUAUAUAUGCCUUAAAUCAUUUUAGGGAGGAUGAGAUUAUAGCAUACUCCUUGAGGAGGAAGGUAGUUGAUGACGGUGAUAUUGCAUAUUCACUAGUCCAGCAAUUUAAAUUGGACGGCCUUGACAUUGCUGAUCCACCUUUGCAAUUUGAUGGACUUAUGACUGACUAUUUGGUUCAUCUGGGGAACCAAGACUUCGUUCAUGUUAAGACUGGCACUAAUGGAGAAUGUGAUGAGGUUCAGCAUCUUUGUAUCACCACGUUUCAAAUUGUUCAAGGAAUGAUCGAGACCUUACAUUCAACUGUUCUUCGUGUGAAAAUUGAUGUCCGUAAUUGGUUCAUGCUUACACUCGGCUUUACUCCAGAGUGCGGGGAUUAUGAACCCGAAGAAGAUAAGAGUGCAAGCAUGAAGCAGCCAAAACAAGAAGAUGAAACCACUUUGGAUGAGAAUUCUUUGAUGCAUGAGGAAGAAGCCAAACAUGAAGUAGCCUUCAUGCAUCAUGAAAAAGCAAACCAGAAUAAACCCAAGAAAGCAAACGGAAUAAUUAAAAACAAAAGAAAAAGAAAAAGCGGAUGGAAGGAGGGAUUACAUGUAACCAAAAAGAAGAAGGUGGGAUUACAGGUAGUAGAAAACAACCUGUAAUGUAAGUACCUGAGGAGCAGAACAGGGCAUCCGUACGUCUUUGAUUUGAUAGUAUUGAGGCAUUUUACUGCCAUCUAGGCUCUUAUUGGCUGUUAUCUUUUGUUCAUAGUUGAUAUUGCUAUCUUUUGUUUUUGUUAAGGAUAUUUGAAUUAAUGAUCCAAU